AUGCCUGCUGCACCGUCGUCCGCCUUCACGCAAGGGGAAACGAUGGAGCAGCUCCGCCUCAAGGGUAAUGCGUGCUUCACGGACAACCCUGCUGAGGCAGCCGAGUACUACACGCGAGCUGUGCAGCUCUACGAGCAGCGACACGGUAAAGACGCUGCGUGCACUCUGGACGAGUUCACCAAGAGCGCUGGCAACGCGCUUACGUGCUUCUUUAAGAUGGGCGAGACGGAGCAGUGUGCAGCUAUGGCAACGCGGGUGCUUGCGUUCAACCCGAUUUUAGCGAAAGCUAAUGCUUUCUACGGUCGCUGUGCUCUGGUAGACCCCUCCCUAGACACCGUAAGCACCGGCUGUGGCAGUGCCGGUGCGGCGGCGCUCGUGCAUCUCUGCCGCGCCAUCUAUGAGCUCCCGACACUGGAGCCCAGCACGCGCGAGGACAUCGACGAGGCGCUCACUCGCCUCAUCGCAGAGCGCGUGAGCGCGACGGAGGCAUUUGCGCAGUCGCCGGAGCCCGGCGUGCGGCUGGUUCGCGGGCGGCACGGGGUUGGCGUGGAGGCAAUCCGCACCCUGCCCCCCCUUAUCGAAGUAGUGAGCCUCCUCACCCCUUUCUCAGUUGGCGCCUUCGAGGAUUUCGCCGGACAAGGCUGCUGCGUGGAGUGCAGCAAGCCCAUCGGAUCCGGCGACGCUGAAGCUGGGACAGAGGAGCCGAAUGAGGACGAUGGCCACGAGGAGGCCGACAAGGCUAAUGGCAGGGAGCAAGCAAAGAAUGAGAAGAAGCUUCUGAGGUGCACCACGUGCAACAUGGUGGCCUAUUGCUCUCCUGCAUGCGCCGAAGCACACCGGGAGCAGCACGAGAAGUUCGAGUGUUCGCGGAUGACGCGGCUGUCAGAUAUGAUGGAGAGCAUCGAAUCCCGCAGGCUUGACGCACCGGAACAGUUCUUCGAGCUAGCGUACCACUGCAUCACAACUCUGGCUGGGAUGAAGGCGAAGCGCCAGGGCCACGAAAACGUCCUCAAACUCACCUCCCACGUCGAUGAGGUGAUUCAGUCGCUGCACCCGGUCGGUCCUCUCAUGUGCGACCUGUUCAAAGGGGAAGAGGAGACCACCACGCUGUACAUAAUUAUUGGCGUACUGCGCUGCAACGCGCUGGAGGUGACAGACCCGAGCGGGCUCGGCGUGGCGCAGGCGCUGCACGUUGGCAACACCAUUGCAUCGUUCUUUAACCACUCCUGUAUGCCAAACUGUGCGAUUGACACGGUGCGACACGCCAUCGUCACCACGCGCAUCAUUUAUGUCGGCGAGGAGCUGAGCAUCGCCUACAUCCCGCAGCUGUACUGGCCAACCCGUCUGCGCCGCGAGCGCCUCAGCGAGGGUUACUACUUUGUGUGCCACUGCCCGCGGUGCCAGAGGUGUGACAAGGACCCCUUUGAGCUGGCUCUCAGUAUGGAGCUGCCUGCAGCACGGCGAGGCGCUACAACGCACUUUCACCCGAUUGUGCAGACUGCCUGUGCGACGAUCCGCUCCCGUAUGGUGGGUGAUGUGUCGCAGGAGGACGCCGACAAGUUGAGAAAGCUGCUGAGUGACUUGUUAAAGCACCUAUUCCCUUUUCACUAUCUCUGCCAUGAGGUGCGCAACUGCCUCAGCUUUGUGCACGCGGUGCUAGGCCAGACGCGGGAGUGCCUAUGUAGUUGCCUGGACGAACUUCUUAUGUGGGAGUGCAUCCUGCCCGGGGCCCUGCCAGUGAAGCAGAUGAAAAUUCAGAACGCACUGGAGUGUGCACAGGCGUUGGAUGCAAAGAUGACUGACUGCUCUGCUGCGCUGCUCCCGCAUCUCUCGCGCUUGGCACUGAUGUACGACGCCGAGGGACCCAUUUGA